AUGGCUUUCCAAAUCGCUUCUUCGCCGGCUGCGGGGAUACCGAACCCUUCUUCAGUCACCUCGAUACUGUGACUCAAACUCGUGUUGAGUAGAUGACGAAUCAGAUGGUUGGGUGUUGGGUGUUGGGUGCUGGGUGCUGCGUGUGUUGGACAGCUUGACAGCAAGCAAGCAUGCAAGCAAGCAUCAUGGGCGCCGCCGGCCGUCCAACGAGUCACGUGUGUGGCGCACAAUUCUUGAUUACCAAUCACGUGAAUGAAGGAUCUGCGCGCCGAGAAGCGCGCGCGGGAUGUCCACGUGGAAGCAAAAAUGGCCCUGCGCCACCAAACGCUCACGCGGCACGCUGCAACGUCGCACGGGCGAUUAUCGUCGUCGUCGGAUGGAUCGCGACUCACGAUUCACGAUUCACGAUUCACAAUUGCCGCGCAUCGCCAUCCACGCUCCUCCACACACUCUAUCCCUGCACAUCUCCGCUCUCGAUCAGGCAGUGCCACAAAGGCACCCUCGCACCCUCGCACCCUCGCGCCCACACAUCCCUCCCCUCCCAUCCACAAACCCCGCCUCGUGGCUCAUCAUGUCGCUGUCCAUCUCCAGAAGCGCAAGUCAAGCGCUCCGUGCGGUCAGCGGUCAAGCAAGCAAGGGAGCAGCGCACAGCUUGUCCAAAGCCGCUGCACCCACCCUCCAGGUCAGAGCAUUGUCCAGCGCCAAGCCCAGAGCUGCGCUGCAGGGUGUUGCGGGAGAUAAAGGUGAGUGAGGCAUGCGGCUACUUGGCGUCAGGCGCAUACAGCUGCUUGGAUCGAUAGAAGGUGUCAACAGUGUGCCAGGGAAGCUCGCCGACGUCACCUCGCGACGUCAGCUGUUGCGCCGCUCCGCUACUGUAUAUCGUCAGAAGGAGGUCGCGAUGGCAGAGCUCGGGGUGCAUGCACAUCUUGGACCUUUGCAGCGCAGUUUAUGCAGUCUAGCAGCGUUGUAGACGAUGCUUCUGAGACUUGUCUGCUGGGCUCGCCGGAGGGCAAGGAGGGCGAGGCUCAGGAGCUGGGCCGGGGAGGCACACGCCACGCUCGCAUUCACGUCUUGAGAGAGAUGCAGCUUUUGCAAGUUGCGCCCGAAUCCUUCGCUGAUGUCGGUCGCCAUCCUCUCAUCGACACGUCAGUCAACCCUGACUCGCCCUUUGCCGAGUCGGCGGGAUCCAAUCCGAUGGACAAGUUCAAGACCAUCACUCCGGCACUCCACGAUUACGGCACCUAUCUCGUAUCUUGUGAGUGCAACCCCUUGACCUCGCGCAGCUCGCCUUUCUGUUGCGCCUGGGCUGAACUUCACCUCUCAUGGCGCAUGUAUGCUGCUGCGCAGGUCUUCCCAAGUACAUUCAACAAUUCUCGGUGGUAAAGGACGAGUUGACGCUGUAUGUAGCGCCAGCCUCUGUCAUUCCCACUCUGCAGUUCCUUCGUGACCACACGCAAACGCAGUUCAAGGCGCUCAUGGAUGUUUCGGGAGCGGACUAUCCUACCCGCAGUCAGCGCUUCGAGGUGGUCUAUCACCUCUUGUCGGUGCGACACAAUGCUCGCAUCCGGGUCAAGACGUACGCGGAUGAAGUCACUCCGGUCCCAUCUGCCACUGCUCUCUUCAACAGCGCCAAUUGGUACGAGCGGGAAGUUUACGAUAUGUACGGCGUCUUUUUCGUGGGCCACCCCGAUCUGAGAAGGAUCUUGACGGAUUACGGUUUCGAGGGCCACCCACUCAGAAAGGAUUUCCCAUUGUCUGGCUACUCUGAAGUCAGAUGGGACGAGGAGAGAAAGAGGAUCGUAACGGAACCGCUGCAAUUGACGCAGGCGUUUAGAGACUUUUCGGGAACGAGUCCGUGGGAGCAGAUCGGAGAGGGUCAGGAUUACACUCCAAACGCUUUCAAGCUUACCCCUCCCAAGGAACCCGAGGGCGACGACAAGGGCAAGAAGUAG